UGAAGAAGGACAUUUUUUCACUUGGCGUUCAGGAUAUAACCAUGGAAGAGGAAGAGAGCCUGGAGAGAGAAUUCGCUACAGGUACAACAGCGCAUGGAUUCUCCCGAGCGGCAGAGACCAAAAGUAUUUUCCGCCGAUCAGCUUGGAUUCUGCUCAUCUUGGGCGGCCUCGGUAUGGCGACCUGGAUGAUUUCCCUACGAGUUAUCAAUUAUUUUCAAUAUGAUACUUCUACGGAGAUUACUCUUACCUUUGAGCCCAGGAUGGCUUUUCCUGCGGUGACUAUCUGUAAUUUUAACAGGUACAUGAGAAGAAACCUAAAUGCUGAAGACUACGCCAUCAUCAGUUUGACAGAGGAUGUUUACUCUGGCUACGACAGCGGUUACUCCUAUGGACAAUAUUACUACAAUUACUAUUAUGACUAUUCAGGAGACGGGGAAUCUUCUCCGAGCACCACAACUCAGCCUACAAACAGUAACUUUAACGAGAGCUGGGCGAAUAUUUCCGCGAGUUACCCAAACGGAUUUGACUUUGGCAAUUUCACUUUGGAGAAAGGGUGGAAACUGGACAAUAUUUCCGUCCUGGAAUGCACGUUUAAAGGGAUAAAGUGCAACUUAAAGAAGGACUUUAUCCACACCUUCUCCACAUAUGGGAACUGCUAUACGUACAACCCCUCUCUGAACAGCAACAGGUCCCGGUAUCAGGAUCAGCCUGGGCUGGGAAACGGCUUGCAUUUAACGAUUGAUGUGGAACAGAGCGAGUACACGGAGAGUUUACCUGACGGUAGCGCGCAAACAGGGGUCAUAUUCCAGGUCCAUCCUCAGUGGGAGCCGCCUUUGGUGGAGUCCAAGGGCCUGGGCGCCUCACCUGGCUUCCACGCCUUCGGGGCGUUGAAACGACAGGAGACUGUCAAUAUAGAACCUCCGUGGGGAAAAUGCAACAAGUCACUAACGCUCCUCCACUUUGACCAGUAUACGUUUUCGGGGUGUAUCAUAGAAUGUAAGCUCCAAAAGAUAGAGACAGAGUGUGGCUGCAAACCAGUGCAGUAUCCAGGUAGGUCGACACUAGAUAGAGACAGAGUGUGGGUGUAAACCAGUGCAGUAUCCAGGUAGGUUUACACUUGAUAGAGACAGAAUGUGGGUGUAAACCAGUGCAGUAUCCAGGAAGGUUUACACUAGAUAGAGACAGA